AUGCCACAACAGCGAGAACCAAAGGUCAAACCUGUGAUCAAUCUUGACACCCAUAGCAAUAAGGAGCUCAAGCGGGCAGUCCUUCCUCGAACAAUCAAGGGAUACGACAGGACUUUAAAGCUUUUUGAUGAAUUUCUUGACCUGCAUCCUGCCGCCUGCUUCCCGCUUGAUAUUAGAACAUACAAAGGUUUCUUGGAAUAUUAUGCAAGGAUAACACGGGGCCGUAUUAAGGAAAAGCCCGUACCAGAAACUGUCGAGCAUUUUCGGCGGAACUUCGAGGCUGCUUUGGCUCGGUCAAGAGAUUUUAUUGUCCCUGAGAGCAUGUCUAUCACUCUAAGAGAAUUUAUUAUCUCUGACUUGACGCACCUGGUUGGCCUUCCAGAUGCUGAGAUGUCUAGAGACGGGCUCUCUCCAAAUGAUCUGACUAUUCUGCUAAGUCAGCUUUGGUGUCGAGACUUCAAGGAAUACCGCGGUUGCUACCCUGAUCGUACAAGGGUACAGUACACCGCGGCAAUACUUCUCUAUUGUUUCACAUCAGCUCGAGCCGGCGAGGUGCAUGAAUCUACAGCCCGGCGCUCUACCAGCCGCCACAAGGUCCCGCGAGGCGAGGACGGCGGCGAUGACUCUGACCUCCAGGCAAAGACUAUGGCAGCAUGCUACAAGCACUUUACUCUUACGAUAGAAUUGGUCGAUGGGAUACCAAUGUUGGUCUUGACCUACGAGCGAAAGUUCGUCAAAGGAUACUGGAGGAUGAGAAACUGGGAACGCCCAGUUCAUGCUUUCUACGAGGUAUAUAAGGAGGAUGUGCCCCUCUUUUUCAACCUUAUUUUGUUCAUGCUUCCGUUAUUUUCCGCCGACCAAGCUUUCAGCGACUACGGCUCCUAUACGGAGAUCCUGGAAGAACUGGAGACCAUCAAGCGUAUUAACUUUGAAGGGCGAAGCAAUGCUGUUAUCUCAACCAUUCAUUUUCGAAAAGAUCUCCUUGAUACGCCUGUUUUCAGGCCAUCAAGCGAGCUAAACUGCGAAUCCUCCACUGGGAAAGCGAUAGGCGCCGAUUCGUUUGGCAAAGAAUUCGCUGCGCUAGGGCAUAGAAGCGGAUAUGCGGAGAAUGUUACUACUCGCGCUUGCCGCCGAUGGGCGCUCAUGGAGACCGAUAAGAAAUAUUCCCAGACUGCCCGAAUGAAGCAUGCAUCUCACACUGAAGCAAGAACGUUUGGCCGGUCAUACGCGCACCCUGUGUGCGAAGUAGACGGUCCAGCAGCGUACUUGAAUAUUGCGACUCGCCAUGAGCAUAUUCAAAAUCGGCGCAGCAUGGGCAUACAUCAUAAUCCAAACCUAUGGCAGUCGCUACCCGCCAAAUCAGAAUUUGAAUUUGAGGAACGAGAGGAUGUCUGUCGUCUCAAUGAAGAACUCGCGCGACUUGAUUCUCAGAUGCUGGACGCUGUGAGCCCAGAUAUGAAAAAGGAUAUCAUAUCACAACGACGAAAAGUUCGAACAGAAAAGGACAAAAUUUAUCUCAGUGAACUCAAGAGGCAGCGUGAGCUCCAGUCUGGCACACAAGCAGGGAGUAUCCACGAACAAACCCUCUUUCAUUUCCGCCGACGUGCUAUGCCGCAGCGUGACUUGCUUGCUCGUAUCCUGCCAAAGAAGGCAACAGUGCGGAGUAUAGAAGGGCUAGAAGCCAUGAAGGCGCUCGAGGCACUUUGCAAGCAAAGUAAUCAGGUUGCAUACCGGUCAGGUCUGGAACCGCUCAGCGGGAAGUGCAUUUGUGGCAAGCCAAUCGAAAGCUUCCGUGCUCACCGCCGAUGGCUACACAUCUAUCGUUGUUAUUCUAGACGCAUCUCCCGAUUAAACGAUGAUAAAUUUGCUGAGUUUUGCUUCGAAUGUGGGCAGUGGUUCAAUGAUCGAAAAGAUUGGGAUCGACACUGUCAAAGCCACCUUGAUGAUCCGGAUCAGCUACUCCGCUGCGAUCCAAUAAUAUUCCGCAAUUGCCCUGUCAAGCCUGGUUACUGCCCAUUUUGCCUCGGGAAUAGGCGCUUAGGGCCAGCUCAAAGGAUGAAGCAAUACCUGAACACAACUCAAUGGUAUCGCCAUCUCGGUUCUCACCUGACCGACGACUUUCUAUCUGGCAGCUUCCAAUGUCGGCACCCGGCAUGUACAGAGAAAUAUUGGAGUAUGAAGGAUCUGGUAUGCCACCUAGAGGAUGUCCACUGUUGUGCUCCUCGUCGAGGGCAAAAGAGAUCGUUUGAGGAGAUGAGUGGUGUUGAGGAGGAGAUUUGAGAAGAUAUUAACAUAUGUGGGAACUAUGGUCAACUAUUUCUCUGAUAUGAACGCACAAAAGACUAC